AUUCCCACACACACUCGUUUCUUCUUCAUCGAAUACCCUAUUCUUCGCUUAUUUGUCUAAAUCGCCGCAAUCACUUCAAAAACCUCAAAACAUCUUGUUUUGCUUUACUAUCAAUUCUCAUUCAUGGAGUUUCACGGUCUACCAAGAAAGGAGCUUCAAGCUCUUUGCAAGAGGAACAAGAUUCCUGCUAAUAUGACCAACGUUGCCAUGGCUGACGCUCUCGCCGCUCUUCCUCAGGUUGAGGGAUUGGGUGAAAUUAUGAAUCCAAAGGAAGGUGUUGAUAUUGGUACUCCGGCUGUUCAACCUCGAACAGCUGGUAGAGCUACAACUCAAAGGAAACCGGUGAAAGAAUCGGAAAGCUCUAAGAUCUCUACCCGACCUAACCGUGGGGCGAGAUCUGGAGUAGCUGAAGGAGAGGUUGAGCAGGAGAACAAAAAUGCAAAUGUCCCUGUUACUACUCCUGCUGUUGUGCCGUGUACCAGGAGAAGAGGUCCUGCGGUUUCUACUCGUGGAAAGAAGGAAGUGAUCAUUUUAGAUGAUGAUGAGGAAGAUGAUAAGAAUGAGGUCGAUGAAAAGACGAAGGAUGUGCCGGCUAAAACUCCUGCUGUAGCGCCUAAAAGUAGGACAAGAGCAGCGGGCCGAUCGGUUCGCGACAAGAAAGAUGUCUCGGCUGGAACUUCGUUGCAGAAUGCUUAUAGCACAAGGAGGUCUGUGAGAGUGUUGGGCAAGAGCUUGUCCAAGGUUAGCUUGGUGGAGACUGAGGACAAGGAGCAGACCAAGAGUGAGGAUGUUUCUGAAGACGGAACUAGUUUGCAGACAGAAUCAAAUGGGGUUUCUCGGAACAAUGAUGAAGUGGAAGUUUCCUCUGUAAACAAAGCUGAAUCUGAAACCAAGUCACAUGAUUCUGGUUCAGAAGAGAAAUCUUCUGACGCAGAGGAUGUGUUGCAGGCUGAACCAGAAGUAGAGGGUUCAGAGAAUGUUAAUCAAGUGGAGGCACAUGAGAACCUAGGUUUAAAUCUGGAAGACAGUUUUGAGACAUGUGUUGAUUCAAAAGAAGCAGAAUCAGAGCAGCCUGACCUGGAAGAAUCUGGUAAUGCUGAUGGAACUGAAAAUAAGGAAAGCUUUGGAGCCAAACAAGAUCAAACUAUGGAGUUUGCUGCCCCAGAAGAGACACCUCUGGAAGUUACUGACCAAGCUAUUGGUGAUACUGCUGAAAUUGAAAAUAAGGAAACCUUUGGAGCCAAACAAGAUCAAGCUAAUGAGUUUGUUGCCCCAGAAGAGGCUCCUCUCGAAGUUGCUGACCAAGGCAUUGACGCUUCGACUGAUGUGGUGUCUGGUGAUAUUUCUAUGGAAGUUGCUGACCAAAAAGAAGUUGCUGGCUUGUCUGUUGAAGCAUCUGAGGAAGCUUUCAAGGGGACUGCUGAACAAGCUACUGUUGGCUUGUCCGUUGAGGCUUCUGAAGAGGCUUCUAAGGAGAUUUCUCACCAAGUUAUUGCCUCUUCAACCGACCUGGUGUCUGAUGAUUCUAAGGAAGUUUCUCACCAAGAAGAAGUUGCUGACUUGUCUGUUGAAGCAUCUGAAGAAAUACCCAAGGAAACUGCUGAACAAGCUUUUGUUGGCUUGUCCUUUGAGUCAUCAGAAGAAGCUUCUAAAGAGAUUUCUCACCAAGCUAUUGCCUCUUCAACUGAUGCUGUGUUUAAUGAUGCUUCUAAUGAAGUGUCUGCUGAGGUAUCUGAAGUGGCUUUUAAGGAGAUUGCCGAACUAGCAACUACUGAGGUAUCUGAAGUGUCCCUUGAGUCAUUUGAAAAAGCUUCUCAGGAGUCUUCUCACCAAGCUAUUGCUCCUCUGGAUGUCGUGGUAGCUGAUGAUGCUUGUGUUGAUAACCUUGAUGAAGGUGUUGCUGACAUGGUAGUUGAGGAGGUAGAGAAUGUAGAGGGUGCAGUUUCUGCUAUUCUAGCAGAAAAAGAUGAAACUUCUGGUAGAGCUGAAGAUGAGGGCGAAAAAGAAAGCAGCGAUGUUGAAAAGGUAAUUCUUGAACUUUCAAUGAUGGAUGUUUCUUCAAAGAAAGAGGCUGACCAGAAUAAUACAUCCCAGAAGCUGGAAGUAGCUCAAGCUGAGGAACUUGGCACAGAAGGACACGCUGAACUUGAAGAUGAGAGCGAAAAAGAAAGCAACAGUGUUGAAAAGGUAACUCUUAAACUUUCCAUGAUGGAUGUUUCUGCAAAGAAAGAGGCUGACUUGAAUAAUACAUCCCAGAAGCUGGAAGUAGCACAAGCUGACGUACUUGCCACAGAAGAAAACCCUGAGCUUGAAGCGGUGGUUCAAACCAAUGAUGAGAAAACCAAUGAGUCCGUGGCUGUUGAGCAGAUAAUGGAAGAACCCAUUUGCUCGCCUCAGUUGGAAACUAAGGAAAAGUUGAAAACCAUUCAGGAUAUGAGUGUGCGGAGACUCAGAAAGUUGCUGAAAUCAGGAACCAGGGAAAUUUCAAAUGAAUUUCAAGCAGUUACUAGUGUUGACAGUGACAUGAACAAGCAGGUACUGAAAUCAGGAACCCAAGAAAUUUCAAAUGAAAUUCAAGCAGUUACUAGUGUUGACAGUGAUAUGAACAAGCAGUUACUGGAAUCAGGAGCCAAAGAAAUCUCUAAUGAAAUUCAAGCAGUUGCUAGUGUUGAGAGUGAUGUGAACAAUCCAAAUGCGAAGAAGGAAAACUCGAAAACCAUAGAUGUUCAAAAUAUGAGUAUGAGAGGUCUGAAAAAAUUGCUGAAGGAGAAGUUAGAUGGAAAACUGGCCAUGUCUGAUAAUGAUGAUGUUCAAAUGCAGGGAGUGGAGAAGAAGAGAACUGCACUGCAAGCACUGCCACAGAAUCAGUUGGCUGAGAAAAAGGCCGCGUAUUAGGAGUGAUAAAGUAAUAUUAGGUGAGACCACUUAGAAUGUGGAGUAUGAGAGUUAUACUUUAUGAGGUGGAGAAUCCAAACCUUGGUUUGGUUUAUGUUUUUCUCAUUUUUACUGUGCAAGUUUUAAUGGUAUUGCAUUGUUACAAACACUUAUUGGGGCACUCUUUUAUGCCCCAAAUUGCCUAUUAAUUUUAUGUUGCUUUAUUACCUGUUAGAUUUUGAAACAGUUUUUAGAUGAAAUUUAUAAUAUAUUUUGAGACAUAUU